AUGGAAACUAUGAAGAUAGCAAACCUCACCUGCCACCUAAAGUACUAAUGGAAGAUUUAUUUACAACUGGAAGUGAAAACGUAUAUUAUCCACGUCCUCUCCUUGACAUGGAUGAAAAGUGUCCGAACUCCUCACGAGUCUCCUGCUGGAUGGACAUCCUCGCCCCAGCCCCAAGGACCACUGUCACCAAUACGGCCUGAGAGGCAAAACUAUGAUGAUCCAAUGGGAUAUCCUUUCGAAGAUUUUCAUAGUGGAGGUGGCUCCCAGUCUUCCAUAGAUAAGCAACGGCCAAGUUCUGGUGUGACAAAGGGCAAGAAUGAGCCAGCAAGUGUACUCAUGGAAGGACUGACAGCCAAUCUUAAGGACAUUGGCUUAGGGGAAAUGAUACUAACCCGAUGGCAGUGCCUGGAAAUUCUGAUGACGUAAGAUCCAUCCCAAGCUCAGCAUCAGGGCAGGGAAUUCCUUCAGAAGGCAAUUCAGGACGGUCCAGCAGGAAAAGGCCUCAUUCUGCAUCCGGGGGCAACAUUAGACUUGAACCAUUACUAGAAAUGAGUCACCCUGAUGUACAUUUCAAGUUGUCGAGCUCACCUGAGCAAGUCCCGGCAUUUGAUCAAGCUCCAAGUCCAUCGACGCGAGUUUUGUUCUGCGCUGAUCAUCCAUAUUUGGUCGGAACUGCAAGGGGAGAUGCAUUUUGGAAGAGGCUACAAGAAUGUAUGCAUGCAUGUGGUUUCGACACCAUUAGCAACAUUUUGGCCGACGUGGAGAAUUUGUUAAAGUGGCUGCAGAAUUGUAUGCAUGCUUCUGGUUUUGACAUCAUCAGCAACAUUUUGGCUAAUGCGGAGAAUUUGGUCAAGAUUUUUGAUACCCCUGAAGGCUUGAUUUCCAGUGGUAAAAUGGGAACUGGGAAGUCUGCAAAGAAACCUGAUAAAGGAAAAGCUGCAAUGGCGGAGGCAUGCAUGCGUGAGAAGGUCCGAGAAAUACAGAAAAACCUGUCCUCCAUGCUUAGAGCUCUCGGGGAAUUGGCAAUUCCUAAUCCUAAUUUCAGACAGAGUCGGCUUUCUUCCCUGGCUUUGGAAACAUCAAUUUGAGUUUGUAAAUUUUGUUGUGACGUAUAACAAUGUUGGUGGCGUUUGCAGUAAUACGUGCAACUGUCACAUAAAAAUAGGGUUGUUCAGAUAUAGAUUAUGCAUACUAUCAAAUAUGGGCUUAUUUAGAUAUAUAUUUAAAUAGGUUAUAACAGCCUACCUCUGAAUGGAGGACCUGAGUAUUUAUCUUUCAGUGCGGCCUCGAACAAGGCUUGUAGCGCAUCAUUUUCUGCUUGUUCGGUUUGACUUGCAACCGUCAUUCCAGCCAUCUUUCACCGCUCUCCUCAUCAUAUCUCGUCAACAUGUUUUCAUUGUCGUACAAGCCUAUGAGGAAGGAUAGUGCAACUUCUGCACCAAUCUUCAUCCCAUAGGCCCUUUUCAUCAGUGGAAACUGAGACUUCAGCUCUUUAUUGAGCAUCCGCAAUCAGGCUAAUAUGCACUUUGAUGAUGAUAUGCACACUCAUCUGAGUGAUUUGGUACAACAACUUCCUUAAGGUAAUGACCUUUGGGUGUAUUAUCCUCUACAGAGCCUAGAAUUAGCAUGUAUCCGCAGCAUCCUCUUCAUGUAGUAUUUGCCACUUCUAACAAUUUGAUUAAAUCUUCUUGCUCAUGACUAUUUACUUGUCACAAAAUCUAAUGCCAUGGUAGAAUCCACCAUGCCAUUCCAUCUCAAGGACAUUGUGGGUAGGCUAUCUGAGACUAGACUAAGCUUUGUGGUUGGAUACAGAAUGACAUCGUUGUACAAAGUUUGUCGUGAAUAUGUUGCCAUAACGAUUUCAUGUUGCAAUAUAAUAAUAAAGUAAGUGGUGCCUUUCACAGAAGGCGAGGGUUACUGUUGAAAACAUGCCAUGAUUUACGAACUCAAAUUAAUGUUUCCAAAGCUUGGAAAAGUUUAUUUGGGUUUAAAUUUUGUUGUGAUAUUGCUUAAUCAAAAUUAUGGCAUGUUUUCAAUAGGAACCCUUGCCUUCUGUGAAAGGCACCACUUGCUUUAUUAUUAUAUUGCAAUAUGCAAUUGUUAUGGCAACAGAUUCACGACAAAUUUUGUACGAUGGUGUCAUUCUGUAUCCAACCACAAAGCUUAGUCUAGUCUCUAAUCGUCCACCCACAAUACCCUUAAGAUGCAAUGGCAUGGUGGAUUUUGUCAUACAUUAGCUUUUGUGACAAGUUAAGAUUCACGAGCAAAAAGAUUUAAUCAAAUUGUUAAAAGUGGCAAGUACUACAUGAAGAGGAUGUUGCGGAUACAUGUUAAUUGUAGGCUCUGUAGAGGAUAAUACACCUAAGGGGAAUUAUCUUCAGGAAGUUGUUGUACCAAAUUACUCUGAUUGGUGUGCAUAUCAGCCUGAUUGCGGAUGCCCAACAGAGAGCUUGAAGUCUCAGUUUCCACUGAUGUAAAGGGCCUAUGGGAUGGGGAGUGGUGCAGAAGUUGGACUAUCUUUCCUCAUAGUUUGUAUGACAAAGAAAACAUGUUGAGGAGAGUGGUGAAGGAUAGCUGGAAGGACAAUUGCAAGUUAAACCCGAACAAGCAGAAAAUGAUGCGCUGCAAGCCUUGUUCGAGGCCACACUGAAAGAUAAAUACUCGGGUACUCCAUACAAAGGUAGGCUUUUAUAACCUAUCUAAAUAAGCUCAUAUUUGACAGUUUGCAUAAUCUAUAUUUGAACAACCCUAUUUUUAUGUAACGGUUGCACGUAUUACUACAAACGCCACCAACAUUGUGAUACAGGAAGCUUUUCUAAAAUGUGGUCACAACUCUAGCUUGCUAAACGAAAUCAGGGAGAGGGCUCUAUUUCUCAUCUACCCCGCCAAACUUGCUGGGAAAGAUGAUGGAGAUAUCAUAUUUCAUUCAGAUGAGACUCAUCUUUCUCUAGCAGAAGUAGGGCGGGCACCGCUGACAUAUCUAUGGGGAGGAUACUACCUCCAUCUGUUCCCUUUCAGAAAACAAGACCAAUCAGAGACAUUUUGGAAUUACCAAGGAAAAGGGUAAUUUCAGAAAAACCAAUCUUUUACUGUUUGGAUGAAGAUUGGAAUAACAAUCUGUUGCGAUCAUAUCACCUGAAAAUAUGCGAGAAGAGAUGGAGCAAUAGAAUUCAUGUGUGUCAUGAGAUUUUCAUGCCGCAUUUGUUAAGCAACUAGAAGAGUCUUCUGUGAGCUUCUUGGAGCAUUCAUAAUUUGAGGCCAUUCAAUCUGCCCUUGAUGACUUUUUUGCAUUCUCGACUAAUCUCAUUCAAAUCAACAAGUGCUUACUACUGCAUAACAUGCUUCAAGUUCAAUUACAUUCACAUUUCAUUGUAUUUGCAAUUGAAAUUAAUACUCCCCAACGAAAUGAAUUUUUUUGAGAAUUCUACCCGAUCAAUCAAUCUUUAUAUAUAUUUUUCA